AUUGCCAAAAAACCACGCCGCAAAUCGCAGUAAUGGGUGUGCGAUUUUUACAAACGUUCAUGAAGCGCGAGGUACAGAACGGCGCACAUUACAUUCAGAUACUUCGUGAAAUAAGCAAUUCGGCUGAACAGCAUGAUCGAAAACCCUUAAUACUGAUUGAUCUGAUGGCUUUGCAUGAAUUGUUUAAAGGGGACAAUUGUAGCGUGUUGUGCGGAUCGCAGGUGAUGCUGUGUGAACAACAAGCUGCCCAAUUCUUCUCCCAAUUGGUGGAAUCCGGAGCAGAGCUAGUGUUUUUUUGGGAUGGCAAUGUGCAGGCAAACAAAUACGACACAUGGUUGGAGCGACAAAAUGACAAGUACACGAGAAUGAUCACUGUUAUCGAUGCUAUCAAUCAAGGGCAACCCUUGCAGCGAAUUGCCACAAAACACAGUUUCAAUAUUCCGCCCAACACGUGUUUACAGUUGAAGCGCAUAGCUGAGAGUUAUGGACGAGUGAUCGUAUCCAUUCACGCCGAAUGUGAUCAGGAAUUGGCUGCGUAUGCGUUGGAGCACGAAGCGUUGGCGAUCAUUUCCAAUGAUACCGAUUUCCUCAUCUUCAAUGGCUGUUGGCAGAUUUGGUCAGCCAACAUUGAUUUGAAAACGCUUCGUACACUCGCCUUCAGUAAGGACGCGCUUCGGUGGAAGCUUAAAUUGAGCAUCCCUGCCAUGGCAAUAUGGGCGACGCUGGCCGGGAAUGACUUUUACAACUACGAACAGUUGAAACCAUUUCACGAUGGUCUUGGACAGGCAAAGUUUCUGAAGUUGGCACAGUACGUUCGGACGUUGCCGGUCGUAGAACGUUUCGACGACAACGUCAUCCAGCAGGUCCUGCGAUGUGUGUACAAAAGAAGACGGAUUCCCGAUCAGGCGGUUACGUGGUUUAGGCAAAGCUUAGACUUCUACAUAAACGACACACAGAUGCGGCAUCGAUCGAAACCCCCACUCGAUCCGAUUGAAACGUUUCUGCUACAAGAAUCCCAGCACUUUGUUGUAGGAGUACUGAACGGGGCGCCCCACAAUUCUACGUUGUUUUUUUUUGACUACCGCUCCAACGACUUGGGCAGUUACUUUGAUAUCGUGGUACCGAUAAUUGCUAAAAUUGCUGGUAUAAUUCUGUAUCAUCGUCAGCACGAACGGGGCCACAUUACGGUGGUUGCCAAAAAAGGACACCAAGAAUCUUAUGCCCAACAUAACAUAGCGGCAGUGUUUCCGUGCGAUUUGGCCGUUCCACACUUCACGGAUCUUCUGUCACGGGACGAUACAAUGAUGGCAGCAUUAUUGGAGCGUAAGUUGCAGCUACUGCGAUGGGUUUGUUCAGAUGUCGUAGACGACAACUCGUUAGCAGCAGUACCACACGGAUUAAUGGUUACAGUACUGACCCUUGUUCGGUUGGUGGAAUGUCGCAUUGUUCGUGUUUUCGAGGCAGACCUUCUUCUAUUGAUUGCUCACGAACUGCAGACCAACCAGUUCGUACCUUCGCAAGAGCAGUGCCCAACACAACUCAACCCACGAGCGUUUCGUGUAGGAUUUCUGUUUCAGAAAGUUUACCAAGAAAUAUCGCGUGCCGCGCAAUCUAUUGGCCUUUCAAGCGACUACCGUCCGUCAACUCCGUACGAUGGCUAUCGCUUCCAUAACAAUUAUGAUAAAUUUCAAAAUAGUCAGACAGAUGAACUGAUGAAGCCGCCCACCGCCCUCUGGAGACUUUAUGUGCCGACUGAGAAGCACGACAAGAGCGAUCAAUGA